CACAGAAUACAGCCCAUAAUUUCCACAAAAUUCAGAAAACACUCCGGAACAAAAUUCAGAAAUCCUAAAAACCAGCAAACACUGAGAAUCGGAGCUCCAAAAAUUACUUGAAGUUCUUCCAUGGCGAGGCCUAAUCAGGAAGCAAUCGAGACCUUCAUCAACAUCACGGGCGCUUCCGAAACCAUCGCCGUGCAAAAGCUCGAGGAGCAUGGUGGCGAUCUCAAUGCAGCUGUGAAUGCGUACUUUACUGAAGGAGAUAGAAGCACAUCGGUGAAUGUGCAUGAUACACCUGUUUCAGCUCAAGAUGAUUUUAUGGAUAUCGAUGAUCCAGUUCCAGUUGGACCUUGGAGAGAUCCUCUAUCACUUCUAUCUGCAACCGUUGAUAUGAAUCCAUUUUCUAGUCUUAAUCCACACUUUGGUAGAACCAUAUUUGAUAGUAGUACAGAUUUUACAAACAGUACUCCAUUUGUUACUCGUCCAAGAGAGGUGAGGGAGAUCCCCAUUGAAGUCAAAGAUGGCGAUCAACCAUCUGGCCAUUCUGGCCGUGAUCCUAUCAUUGAUGAUGUCACUGGAACAGAGCAGGGAUAUGGCCCAGGUAUCCCUGGGACUGUUAUAAUUGAUGAGGAAGAUGAUGAUGAUAUUCCAGCUGCCCCAACUGUUCAGGCUGGGCAAAGGAGUGGACCGCAAGAUAUGUCUUCAGGUGAUGGAUCUCAUCACCCAAAUUUUGGACUUAGUGCUCCCCGAUUUGAUGAUGCGCAGGAUUAUAGCAAUGAUAUUGAAGAAGAAAUGAUUGAAGCUGCAAUUGAGGCUUCAAAACGCGAAGUUGAAGAAAACCAACCAAAUCAACAGUUUGGUGCUUCAAGUUUUGAUGAUAAUCGGCCUCAGCAAAGGCCGCCUCAGCUAGAGGAUCCUGAACUUGCACAUGCAGUUUCAUUGUCACUGAAGACAGCAGAACAAGAGAAAACAUUGCGUGGCCAGGGGGAAAAUGUUGGCCCAUCAGAAACUGUACCUUCUAAGGAAGCUGAGGUGGAGCUGGGAAAGUUAGCAGCAUCAAAUGGAAGGUUGGAGGCAGAAAGCUCAUCCAUCCAAGAAGAAACUGAAGAUGUGGAGGAGCAGCCUCUUGUCAGACAUAGGUCCAUGCGCAUGUCUUCUGACUAUGUGGAGACUGCAAAAGAAGUUGGAGCUGAUGAGGAUAAUGCACCUUCAAGUCCUGGAGAGCAGGAUAUGGGUAGUCAUCCUAGGCACAGUGACAGCGUCUUCCCUUCUGAGUGGGGAGGCAUUUCUUCAGAGGAGCAUGACGAAGCAGUGAUGCUUGAGGCUGCAAUGUUUGGUGGAAUUCCUGAAGGGACUGGAUAUCGCCUUCCCUAUGCUAUGCGGCCUGACGGUUCAUAUGUCUGGCCAUCACCUCGUCCUCCUUCACCCUCUCUUACAGCGCAGCGGUUGAUACGUGAACAACAGGACGAUGAAUAUCUUGCAUCACUUCAAGCUGACAGAGAAAAAGAAUUGAAGGCUAUUGUGGAAGCUGAAGCUCUUCGUGAAGAAGACAGACUAAAAGAGGAAGAAUUGAGGAGGAAAAUCGAGGAGGAGCAGGAAUUGGAGAGACAAUUAGCAGCAAAAGAAGCUACUCUCCCUCAAGAACCAGCAUCAGAUGAUGAGAAUGCUGUAACCCUUCUGGUGCGAAUGCCAGAUGGCAGCCGCCACGGCCGUCGAUUUCUCAGGACAGACAAGCUGCAGUCUCUUUUCGACUUUAUUGACAUUAGCAGAAGGGUCAAACCUGGCUCUUACAGAGUGGGAGAAAAUAGAACAAAACUGCGUACGAAUGCAAUGAAUCCUAAACAUCUCGAGAUGUUAAUUGUAAACAGGUGAGGCCAUUCCCCAGGCGUGCUUUUAGCGAAGGAGAAAGUGCAUUGACGCUGAAUGAACUUGGACUUACCAGCAAACAAGAAGCUUUGUUUUUGGAGUCGAUAUAGCAGCUGGCUCUAAAAUGUAGAAAGGUAGAACCCGGUUUUAUUUUAUCUGCAUGUAUUGUUGAAUGAAAUCCUGGUUUUCAAUUGGUUUUUGGGGGGUGUUUGGAUGAAAUGCUUCAUACAUGGAUUUGAGGACAUGGGCAGAAUCAAAUUUAAAUGCAGAAUAAUUAAGGUCAUUUUAUGUUUCCAUCA